CUCCCUCUGUUCAUUAGUAGGCUGUGCUGCGUUUGAACGGAGGCAGGGGAUAGACAUGUAAGCGCUCAGAAAUAACUUCACAUUUAAUACGAGGAGUAACCGGGCACCGGGAUCUUAAACCUUUGGAUUUUUUCCGCUCUGGAUAUUUUCCUUUAGUUAGUCGUCUCGGGGUAAUAUUUCCCCUUAACGUUAGAUUUCCCCUCUGAGAUCUUUAGCCAGUAACGGUCCUUUUUUUUUUUUUUUUCUUUUCAGAGCUAGCACAAAACCAUACCUGUCUCAGGUCUCAUGUAGUCCGUCUACUCGCCUCUGUAGAUAGCUAGCUAAACCAGCGGACGCUAAAAUAGAGAAUAUCUUUAACUAAUGGUGUUCAUCAAAACGAUGUGAUUUAAUUUCCCUUCACAUGAGGUAGCCAAGCCCAGCCGUUGGCAUCUGAAACAGCUGGCCCGUGUCGAGACGAUUGUGGAUUAACGUUUUUUUUUUUUCCUCCACGAAUAUCUCCAAGAAAACCCGGACCUGGUUUUUCGGUGGCCAACAUGAGCGUCGAUUUAAUUGAAUCAACUACAUGAGUGGAGCCAAAACAAACACAUAUUUCUUCCAAGGAGUGCACAUUUUUAAGCAGGGCCAGUUGUCCUAGAAAAUAUGGAGAGCGAGGUUUUUACCCCUUUGCUGGAGCAGUUUAUGCUCACGCCUCUGGUCUGCUGGGUGAAGACAGUCGGGCAGGCGACAUUGGUCGAUGGCACCCAAUUAUCGGAAUAUAUUGAAUUAGUGGAUGGGAUUUACCUGAACGAGAUCAUGCUUGAGAUAAAUCCUAAGGCCACGGUGCAGAGGACCAACAAGAAGGUGAACAAUGACUCAACACUGCGCAUCCAGAACCUUUCUAUUCUCAUAAGGCAGAUUAAAGCCUACUAUCAGGAGACUCUCCAGCAGCUGGUGAUGAUGCCUUUACCAAACAUGCUGGUACUGGGCCGGAACCCUUUGUCUGAGCAAGGUCUGGAGGAGAUGAAAAAACUGUUGCUGCUGCUACUAGGCUGUGCUGUCCAGUGCGAGAAGAAGGAAGAGUAUAUUGAACGUAUCCAGACUCUGGACUUUGACACCAAAGCUGCCAUAGCAUCCCACAUCCAAGAGGUGACUCAUAAUCAGGAGAACGUAGUGGACAUGCAGUGGUUGGAAAGUGGGGAAAUGCCUCCUGAAGACCUGGACAGCCUCUCCAGAAAUCUGGCUUUUCACCUCAAACGCCUGGUGGAUGAGAGGGACACACAGCUGGAGACUAUAGUGGAGUUAACCCAGGAGAGAGACUGUGUGCAGCUGUCUCCACUGGCUCCCUGUCCGACCCAGUCUCCCGGUGACUCCCCCAGUAUCAGGAGGACCGAAAGCCGACAGCACCUCUCAGUGGAGUUGGCUGAUGCCAAGGCCAAGAUCAGACGCCUUCGACAGGAACUAGAGGAGAAGAGUGAGCAGCUUUUGGACACCAGGCAGGAGCUUGAGAACAUGGAAGUGGAGCUCAAAAGGCUUCAGCAAGAGAGCUACCAGUUACUGUCGGACGCUCGGUCGGCUCGGGCCUACCGCGAUGAGCUGGACGCACUCCGAGAGAAAGCAAUCCGUGUCGACAAACUGGAGAGCGAGCUGAGCCGAUACAAAGAGAGACUUCACGACAUUGAGUUUUACAAGGCCAGAGUCGAGGAGCUGAAGGAGGACAACCAGGUCCUGUUGGAGACUAAGAGCAUGUUGGAGGAGCAGCUGGAUGCUAGCCGUACCCGCUCCGACAAACUGCACCUCCUGGAGAAAGAGAGUCUGCAGCUCAAAUCCAAGAUCCAUGACCUGGAGAUGGAGCGGGACAUGGACCGUAAGCGUAUGGAGGAGCUGUUGGAGGAGAACCUUGUGCUUGAGAUGGCCCAGAAACAGAGCAUGGACGAGUCCCUGCACCUGGGCUGGGAGCUGGAGCAACUAUCCAAGACACCAGAUCUGACUGAAGCCCCUCAGAAGUCUCUGGGCGAGGAGGUGAAUGAACUGACCUCGAGCCGCCUGUUGAAGCUGGAGAAAGACAACCAGACCCUGCUGAAGACUGUGGAGGAGCUCAGAGGAGCAGCCAGUCAGGACACCGUGACAAAGCUGGCCAAAGUCAGCCAGGAAAACCAGAGACUGAACCAGAAAUUGGAGCAGCUGGGGAGUGAACUGACAGCAGACAGAGAGUCGCUCCUUAGCGCUGAAUCGCUCAAUACUGACCUGAUGAAGGAGAAGGCUUUACUGGAGAAGACUCUGGAAACACUCAGAGAAAACUCUGAGAGACAGCUGAAGGGUCUGGAGCAGGAGAACAAGCACCUGAGCCAGACGGUGUCGUCCCUGCGUCAGCGCUGCCAGGUUGGUGCUGAGGCCCGGGUCAAGGAUGUGGAAAAAGAGAAUCGCGUUCUCCACGAGUCCAUCUGCGAGACAACCGCCAAACUCAACAAGAUGGAGUUUGAAAGGAAACAACUACGUAAGGAGCUUGAAGUGGUGAAGGAGAAAGGUGAGAGAGCAGAAGAGUUGGAGAUUCAGAUUCAGAAGCUAGAAAGGGACAAUGACAGCCUGCAGAAGAAAGUUGCCAACCUUGGGAUCACCUGUGAAAAGGUGUCUUCUUUGGAGAAGGAGAACACUGAGUUGGAGGCAGAGGGCCGUCGUCUGAAGAAGAAGCUGGACACUCUGAAGAACAUGGCCUUCCAGCUGGAGGCUCUGGAAAAGGAGAACUCGCAGCUGGAGCAGGAGAACCUGGAGCUUCGGCGCUCAGCGGAGAUUCUCCGGUCAGCGGGGGCUAAAGCUGCUCAGCUCGAAGCUGAGAACAGGGAGCUGGAGAGCGAGAGGAGCCAGAUGAAGCGCAGCCUGGAACUGCUCAAGGCCUCGUCCAAAAAGACGGAGAGAUUAGAGGUGAGUUACCAGGGCCUAGAUACAGAGAACCAGCGCCUGCAGAAGGCUUUAGAGAACAGCAGCAAGAAGAUUCAACAGUUGGAGGCGGAGCUGCAAGAGGUGGAGACUGAGAACCAAACCCUCCAACGCAACCUGGAGGAGCUCAAGAUCUCCAGUAAACGCCUGGAGCAGCUGGAGCAGGAGAACAAGACUCUGGAGCAGGAAAGCUCCCAGCUAGAAAAAGACAAGAAGCUGCUGGAGAAGGAGAACAAGCGGCUGAGGCAGCAGGCCGAGAUCCGCGACUCCAAGCUGGAUGACAACAACCAGCGGAUCUCCACCUUGGAGAAAGAGAAUCGCACCAUGGGCAAGGAGAUGAUCUUCUUCAGGGACUCCUGCACGAGAGUCAAAGACCUGGAGAGAGAGAACAAGGAGCUGGUCAAACUGGGCACCAUUGAUAAGAAGACCCUCAAUGCACUCAGAGAGGAGCUUGUGAGUGAGAAGCUGCGGACUCAGCAGAUGAAUAAUGAUCUGGAGAAACUGACCCAUGAGUUGGAAAAGAUUGGACUGAACAAGGAAAGGUUGCUGCAUGACGAGAGCUCUGACGACAGGUUUAGGCUCCUGGAAACCAAAUUGGAGUCGACUCUGAAAUCAUCUUUGGAGAUUAAAGAGGAGAAGAUCGCCGCCCUAGAGGCCAGACUGCAGGAGUCCUCCAACCUCAACCAGCAACUUCGGCAGGAGCUCAAGACGGUGAAGAAGAACUACGAAGCGCUGCGUCAAAGAGAGGAGGAGGAGGAGAGGAUGGUGCAGAGCUCGCCCCCUAGAGGAGGGGAGGACCCUCAGGCUUUCAGUAAAUGGGAGAAAGAGAGUCACGAAGCCACCAGAGAACUGCUGAAAGUCAAAGACAGACUCAUUGAGGUGGAGAGGAAUAAUGCCACGCUACAGGCUGAGAAGGCAGCCCUGAGGAGCCAACUUAAACAACUGGAAACUCAAAGCUCCAAUUUGCAGGCUCAGAUAGUGGCAGUGCAGAGACAGACUGCUUCUUUACAGGAAAACAAUACGACAUUACAGACACAGAACGCCAAGCUGCAGGUGGAGAACUCCACUCUGAGCUCGAAGAGUGCAUCCCUCAUGGCCCAGAACGCCCAGCUGCAGAGCCAGCAGAGCAGCGUGGAGGGUGAGCGUGAGGGUGCUCUGAAGGAGAAAGAGGAGCUCAGGUCCACCUACGAGAUGCUCCUCCGUGAUCACGAGAAGCUGGCGGCGCUCCACGAGAGGCAGGCGGCCGAGUAUGAAGCCCUGAUCGGAAAGCACGGGGGCCUAAAGAGCUCCCACAAGAGCCUGGAGCAGCAGCACAGAGACCUGGAGGACAAGUACAAGCAGCUCCUGCAGAGGAAGGGGGAGUUGGAGGAUCUGGAAAAAAAUCUGAAGGAGCAGCAGGAAAAAAUGGCGCUGGAGAAUCAAACGCACCAAGCCACAGCUGGCCAGUACAAACUGCUCAAAGAGGAAAAUGAAAGGCUGAAUAAUACCUAUCGUCAGCUGGUGAAGGACAACGAGAAUCUCCAACUGGACCAUAAAAACGCAAAGAGCCAACUGAACAGCGCCAAGCUGGACCAGACCAAGCUGGAGGCCGAAUUCUCUAAACUGAAGGAGCAGUACCAGCAGCUGGACAUCACCUCCACCAAGCUCACCAACCAGUGUGAGUUGUUGAGCCAGCUGAAAGGAAACCUGGAAGAGGAGAAUCGCCACCUGUUGGACCAGAUCCAGACUCUGAUGCUACAGAAUCGCACUCUGCUGGAGCAGACCAUGGAGAGCAAGGACCUGUUCCACGUAGAGCAAAGACAAUACAUUGACAAGCUGAAUGAGCUGAGGAGACAGAAAGAGAAGCUGGAGGAGAAGAUCAUGGACCAGUACAAGUUCUACGACCCCUCACCUCCACGCAGGCGUGGCAACUGGAUCACUUUGAAGAUGAGGAAGUUGAUUAAGCCGAAGAGCCGGGAGAGAAUGCGCUCUCUCACGCUGACUCCCUCUCGCUCAGAGUCUGGCGACGGUUUCCUGAUGUUUCCCCAGGACAGCCAGGACAGCUCGUCGAUAGGCUCUGGCUCCAACUCGCUGGACGACACACUUACGCAAAAGAGGAGCAGCACCAUGAAUGACCUGCUGCAGACCAUGGCGGUGGCGGGCGGUCCCGGGGCUCAGUGGGCGAACAGCAUCGAGAACCUAGACGGCGCUGAGGCCGGGGAUGCUGUCAUGACGGGGAGCAGCAGGCGCAGCGGGCAGCGCAUGAAGGAGCUCGCCUUUUCCACCAACGCCAUCGACUGUGCCACCCUCACCCUGCCUACUGCAAGGCAAAGCAGGGCCAAGCACCGGCUUCAGGUCAAAGAUAAUGCCUCCUGUGAGGAUGUUGCUGGCUCCUUAGAUGACCCCAAGAGUCAAGGCCUGCAGGUGUAUAGCAGUCCUCUGGCUCAGUGUUCUCCUGUUGAGCUGAGCCUUAUUUGCAGGGUGCCCUGUAGCAUCUGUUCCUCCAGACCCACCAGUCUCCAUAGCAACAGGAUCACCAGUAGUAAUAGUAACAAUAACUCCCAACUCUCUUCUCCUCUGGAGGGCAAAGGCACGAACGGCAGCCUCAGCAGGCCUCACAGUGAGAGCAGCGGUGAGUUCAGCCUGAGCUUGGACCAGGAGGUGUGGUCCAGCAGCGGCAGCAGCCCAGUCCAGCAGCCCACCUCCUCGCGCUCCUCCCACCAGAGCCCCCUGCAGCUGCGCAGGUCGCUCGACCCGUCCACCGCCGCAGGCAUCCCCGGCCAGACCCAGGUCAGGAAGACGGGAUCCCCAACCAACGAGGUGCUUUCCCUGCAGCAGUUCCUGGAUGAGGGUAUUGAUCCUGCAGAGUCCGGCAGUCAGGAGAACCUCACUGUAGACUCUCCUCGCCUCUCCACGUCUUCUGAGCAUGUGCAGAAAGAACGCACUUCCACAAAGGGCCGAGGCAUAUUGCGCUCAUCCAGUGGGAAAGCGGCGCCGGUCAGCUCUGAUCGCCCACCGAGAUCGGCCGGACAACCGGGUCGCCCAACCCUGCGUAAGGCAGAAAGCACCCGUGUGAGAGGUUCGGUCCCGGUCCGCUCCAGCCUAUCAUCGCAGGGCAAAGCCACGUCUGUGUCUGAACGCCUGGACUCUGCUUCCUCCACGCUGCCCCGGGCCAGCAGCGUCAUCUCCACUGCUGAGGGCACCUCUCGGCGCACCAGCAUCCACGACCUGCUGUCAAAGGACAGCCGGCAGCCCGUGUCAGUCGACGCUUCUCCUCCCGUCGCCUCCACCAAGGCUGGGGUACGCUCCCAGCCUCCGCCCAGUGAGUACCACCCCAACAGCACCAAUCUAAAGGGACCCCUUACCGCCAUCACCCCCUUGCCCAAGUCACUCAGCUUACCUUGCCAUAGCUUGGAGGAUCCAGACCUCUCCACCCUCGAGUCUUUCCUCGGCCCUUCCUUCACCGUAGAGUCGGUGUUCAUGGACUCCAUCUUUAGUGAGUCGGCGGGCAAAAACCUCCCCUUCCUGUCUCUAAACCCCACCCUAGUCAGCAACAUCAGUGGGCCUCCUGUUCCAACUAAAACGCACCCUCCUCCUAUCCCCAACCAUAUUUCCACCCAAAACCAGGCAACCCAUCACAGCCAAUCAAAUGGCCAGAUGGGAUCCAGCCCAGCCAUAUCUGAAUAUAGCGAGGGCGUUGAUCCCAAUUGUGUGAAUAAUCCGGACCAGUCACCGAGCCCAGAGGACAACCAGUCUCUGUGGUAUGAGUACGGGUGUGUGUGAAUGACAGGGAGGUUGUGGCUUGCUGAUUUUUUUUUUUUUACCGGACUUGCGGUAAAGAGGGGAGAAUGAAAAGAAUGGAUAAAUGACAAAUCAUCAUCCUCCUCCCGUGCAUGUAUUUAUUGGAGCACUAUCUCUGUCUGGUGUAUUUGUUUCGUUCUUUUCCGUUUGCCAUGGUGCUGGUUGGUAAAUCAUUCUUUUGAUUUAAUUUUUUUUUUGUGACUUCCUGUUUUCUGCCUUGUUCUUAUCUCUGAGGUGAGACGUUGAUGAAUGUUCCUUAAUACAACAGCCCUGUUAUUGUUUCCUCAUCAAAUCCGUUUCACUGGCUAACACUAUACUAUUAUCUGCAGUUUUGGCUUAAUGCAGGCUUAUUAUAUCUGUUAAUAGCUCACAUCUUUAUUUAGCAGUGAGCAGAAAUAUUGAAGAUUCAAUAAAUUUGUCACCAGGAUCCAUUAAAAAAAAAACAAAAAAACACCAAAAACAUCGGAGUGUCAAAGCAUUGUGGGAGAGAUCUAGUAGCUGCAAUUUUUUCAUUACAAAUCCAAAUUAAGAUUUUUUUUUUUUUUUUUUUUUUUAUGUGUCGGAUAAUAGCAUCAUUUUCCAUUUUCUGUUUAUGAUGUCUUGAUGAUGUAUGGGUGACUGAGUGUCUUUUUCACGGCUUUUUAACUCUGUUGCAUCAUUCAUUAAAUUGCACGGCUUUGUUCUGUCCGACCUGGAGCGCUCAUUUUGAUUGCUCAAAAUGGUUAUCGUGUGUAUCUUCUUUUUGUUUGUACUGAUGGUGUGGACUUUUGUCUUUGUACAUCCGACACCUUUUCUGUAUUUUCUCUUAUAUAUUAUUAACAGCAGCAUUUGUGCUGCGGGUUAUGAUCUGGUGGGUCUUAACGGGCCUCUUGGGCUGGUGACUAAAUGAUGCAAGCUUCAUUCCCAAAAUGAUCUGAGGGAAGGGAUAGUUGGUUAAGUGAAAGUGGACUGUGAAGUUAGUGGAGUGGGACCAAGGGUGUUGUUAUAUUUUAGUUUAAGGCGGCCCUUGAUGGAGAUAUUGAAACA